AGGAGGUCACCUAAUUAAAGAUGAAGUUCUCCACGGGCUCGAGCUCGAGUAGCCUUGCCAGUGACUCGCUGUCCAGAAAGUCAACGCUAUGCAUAUAUACGGAGAUAGAUGCGCCGGCGCCGCCGCCGUGCGAGAGGAUGGACAGCAGUUCCGAAGCGAUGGAACUGCGACGCGAGCUGGACGCAGUCCGCAGCGCCCUGCAGCAGCAGUCUGAGUCUGUCCUCAAGCAGCGGCACCAGCUCGUCGAAGCCAGCCAAGCCCUCGCCGCCCGUGACAAGCGCGCCAACCAGGAGCGUCGCCUCCGCCAGGACCAGCUCGCACUCGUGCUCCGCUCCCUAGUCCUCCUAGAGUCCCGCCUCACUAGAGAACAGAAACAAGUGCACAUAGCUCUUCACCAGAAAGAGAAAAUCAUCAAGUCCCAGCAAGAGGAAAUCGUCAAACUCAAAGCUCGAAAGGGAUUUUGCAGCAACUGCCAACAGCUUCUAGGCUUCACGAGUGAGCAAACAAAUAUCGAGACCGACCCAGAAUUCCAAAGCCUGGAGAGCACUGACUCAAGGUUCCAAAACAACUUUGUCAGAAGUUCGAGUUACCGUGAACGAAAUUCGCCACCUGUAUUCCAGAAGAACACUAGGUUGAGUAAAAGCUUCCAGUUACCUAAAAACGAUGUCACGUAUGGCAAUAGCAGUUCGAGCGAAGAAGGGAACAACGCCAGCACAGGCAGCAAAGGAACUUUUAUUAAAAACAAGCAAGCGUUUGUCAGGCGAGACGUUUUCAGACGGUCAAGGAAAUACUCUGGGAGAAAGAGUAACAAGUAUUACGAUAACUCACAAAAGGGUUAUAACCAAGCCAAUAGUAGUAGCGCCGAAGAAUGUGUCGGCAUGAGCUAUCAAGUCAACAACGAAAACGACUUAACAGCCAAUCAAAUUGCAAAAGACAUAAGGAGGGCGUCUAUGAAAAUCGAUCAACUUAUCGGUGAAGCUAAGAAAGAUAUAGAUAAUGCCAGUGAAUCAGAGAAAACUUAUUCUACAAAAAUGGAAAGACUGCACGGAAUAAAAAGACAGGCGUCCGAUGAAAUUAAGGCAAACAGACAAGUAUUCUUAAACAACGUUCUCAAUGAAGAGGGAAAUGAGAAACCAUGGUACUGCAACGUCAGCGACCCCGAGCAAGACACUGACUGUAUGGAGCAGCGGGGGGUACUUAAUAAUAACAAGUCCAAAUCUGCUGACGACUUGCUUGUGGCCGGCUUCAACAGUGGUAUUCUCAACGCCGAGGUCAUAUCAGCUAAAAAUGAAGUGUUAUGCAAAAACAUGAUACAGGACAACGACCGAUUCAAUAACAGAUUCGAUGAUAAGAAUAAUAACCUACAAUCUACUUUGACUAAAACUAACCCCAACGACUUCAACGACAACUGGUACGCCAGCACGAGCGACGCAGACGACAGCCCGACCAACGAAAUAUACAAGAACAACCCCGUGCUCGAGUGCGUCAAUCAAAUUUUACUCCAAAACUCUCUGGAUGACAGCAGCAACGACAACUCCAAGUCCAGCGAAGCUCCAAGUCCUAAAUCUUCGACCAAACGGGUCCAAUUUUCCACUCUCAAUAGCAUUUCGUAUGAAGACAAAGUGCGAGCAAACAAUCACACUCUGCCACGAUCAGAGAAGAGAGCGAACAAAAUCGUAAAGUUCAGCCUGGAGACGGCGUCUGAACACAGCUACGAGGUCCCCAACACCGCACAGGGAUUUCAGUACGAGAUACAAAGUAUCUAUAGCAAUGAAUACGAACCGAUAGUUACUAAGGCUGCCGAACGGGUCGUGCCGCUGCCGCGUACGACUGCCGCGAAAGUCCCCGUGCCAAACAUUAGAGGCUCUAUAGUUAAGAAUCUAGCUGCUAACAUAGAACGUAACACUGAGAAGAAGGAUGCCGAAUUGGGCUCGAUGAAGAUUUUCAACAAGAGAAAAGUGCCGCGAACUCCCCCCGCCCUGCCGCCGAAACCAAAGAACCUGUCGGCCAAAUUUAAAGCCGAGAAAACAGAACCGUCAGACUCUGAAGCCGUUGCGGCUAACCAACGGGUUGCAGAAGUUAAGAGGAGAGUGGGCCAAGUAGCAACAGUUAACGUAGAACCCGACUACUGUUCCAUUUCAGAGAUAAAUGUUCCAGUAGUCAGCAAUGGCAAAAGGGAGUUGCUACUCUCACAGCCAACGGUCGAGAUUCACAACGAGCAGUACCCCGUGCACGUGAGUCAGCGGAACAACAGCGUGGCUAAGGUGGUGUCGCUACCUCGCAUCCAGAACAAAAUAAGCGAUAAAGACAUACCCAAACUACCGCAAGUCACCGAGAUCAUCAUCCCCGAUGAAGAUGAAAAACAAGAAGAUACUAAUUUCCCGCAAGACAGUUACUUACCCAACUUUAACAUGCAUCCUAUGCAACCGAAAGUGGAUCCACGCGCUUCUAUCCAAAUGGGUAAUACGGUGUCCUCUAUCCUGUCUGAGAUAAACAAAGGAGGGAAAAGCGGCGGCAAACACAUCAACCUCACCGAGUUGGAUCACCAAUUCAAUCGCGGCCCCGAAAAAGCGGAACUACACAAGGCAGAGUACUUCGAUGACAUCGACAAGUUUGAUUUGUCCCAAAAUUUUGAAGAAUUUAAAAUAGAUGACGAGUUAGGCAGCAUCGUGGCAGAGGAAUACCGCAUCAGCUCUGGCAGCAGUGACGGUUCCAUGUCCGACGUCGUCACUGAACAUAUCUUACCAGUACCUGAAGAUGAUGGCAAGGACAGAAUCGAUACAUUUCUCGAAGGAGAAAAUUUAAACAAGCAAAAAAACGCCAAGUUAUCGAAUAAGCCCGAUCUUUUGUCGAACAUAGAGAAUUUAGAGACUGAAUCGGUCAGGAAUUCUGAUAUAGAAUCGAGCAAUUCGUCUGGCAGCAACAGUGGAUCUUACAACACUGUGAAGUGUGAGCCGAGAAUGAUAGUGGCGAAAGCGGAGGUGGCAAAGACGAAAGGUACCUUUGACAUCUUCCUGGAGACGUCGGGUCUGAGCAGCAAGAGUAUUGCGACCAACAAGCAGUUCAUCGGCGUGAGGCCCCCGAGUGCCAAUCAUAAAAACGUGCUCAAGCCAAAAGACAUCAAAAUGAGAGUAAAAAACCCAGCGACAACGAAUAAAAUCAACGAAAAACCUAUGACUACUGCUAUUAAAUAUUUUGAACCUUACGUGUAAAUGUAUCUAACGUGUCUAUAUUUUUUAGAUUGAAUAUUAUUUAUUUUAUAAUGAACUUGCCUUGCAUAAUAUACUAUACUGUAUUUAUCGUGAUGUACAUACUAUUAACUAUAGUUAGCUAUCUUUAAUUAUAUGAAUAUUUUAACAUUUU